AUGAUUCGGUAUGCUAGAGCUUCCGAAUGUUGUUGCAGUCACUCUAACGUUGAUCAGCAUGCCGGGAUCAACCAGGGGCCGAAGGUGUUGGAGAUCACAGCAAACCAUUCCAAGCUGCUGGUUCUUAUCAGCAAAUAUGCACAAUGUGCGCUAACAGCAGACGACCCUGAGACGUGGAUAAGAGAAAUCCCAAUCAUGGUAUACAUCUUUGAGGGGAUUCAGGCAGAGCAGCUCGAUUUCGAUUACUCGCCAAAGCCUGUUUCCUUGAGCUACGAAGGGUCGACCAGACGCAUGUUUUUGAAUUUUUCUCAAGAGGGCAAGAAUUGCCUGGACGAUCUUCGUGUUGAGAAACUUGUCAACUGCAUCAAACUCAUCUCUGAAGAUCAGCAGCCAAUCACAGCUUAUCAGAUCUCUCUGAAAGGCCUUCAGUUCCUCAAGUCGCUGCCUAACUCUGUUUUUGAUGAAGUGAACAGCUUCAUCUACACCCCCAACGCCCCACACUAUGACACUGAGUUGUUGACCUGCCAGUUCAACGGCGAGGAGUUCAUUCUAAAGUCAAAGGCUGGAUAUCAGCGAAUUUCAGACGUGACUACCACGGAGGAUGUCAGCUAUGUGUCCAGCCCUUACCUGCCCUCCAUCCUCCGCACCUCUGGCUCACGUACCAUGACCAGUGAUCUCGGUUUCUUCCGCAGCAACGCUCAUCGUGCGCACGAGUCGUCACAGGGCGAGUCAAACGUGCACGAUGACAUGAGCGAGGCGAUUCAGCUGGCCAAUGUCAACUUCAUGAUCGUCGAGUGGAUCCCCUUUGGGACUAACAACGUGGUGGCACUGAACGAGAGGCUCGGAGCUCUUGACCGUUGCCAGGGAGGACUCUUCACCUCUCAGGUGGACACGAAGCCGACCAGUACAGCUCUCAAGGGCCCGGAGGACUUGACUAGCGUCUCGAUCAUCGACUUUGACCUCAUCCACUUUAUCAACUUUGAGACGGAGAUCAAGUACACUGAAGCUCUGGGCAUUGUGCAGGUGGAGUGCUUCGGGAUGCACCUGAGGAUGGACGGGACGGUUGUCAACGGCAUGAAGAUCGAGGCCAUCAUGGAGCGGCGAGCAGACAACAUCUCCCUCGACGCUCUCGCCCGCGUGUUGGUCGACGUUCAGCUCGACUCCAGCAAGAUUCUCGACGACCUUCUCUCCUGGUACCAGCGGAGCAUUCUCGACGUCGUCUUCCUGGGGGACUCGCUGAACCGCAGCAAGUUCAACUGCAUCUUGACUGAGUCGAUCAACCCGCGGCUGCCGGCCAAGAAGUUCCUCGACGGAGCUGAGUACGAGCUUGAGCUCCGGCAGAUCCUUGGGGCCAUCUAUGCAGCUGAGGACCUUGGAAGUGACGAGCUGGUGCUGCUGGGAACUGACGGGAUCCUAGUCAUGAGCCCCAACUCCGAGCAGUUCGAGCCCUUAAUCAUGCACUUCCUCGAUAUCAAAUGCCGCGAAGAAUUCAUUCGCACCCUCUUCCAGCGCAUCUUCGUCCUCGUCGACACCCUCAAGUCUGUUCGCCAGCUCAUCCUCCAGGUGAACGAUGAUCCAGACAACGUGCUCAGAAUCAGGAUGGCGCUGUCGGAGGCAUCUCGAGAUCUCGUGCUGUUACAGGAGACGUUCGAGUAUCUGAGGGAGUCCACGGAGUACCUGCACCCUCCUCCCCCUCCUGACAACGCCAUGUCAAAGAGACUCUACAAGGUCAUGAAGCUGGACAUCCUGCUGGGCUCAAUCAAAGUCCGCGUUGACGACAUUGAGAAAAUCCUUGACGGUGCAUCCAACGAACUCAUCAACCUACAGCAGACGACAGACAUAAUCAACACGAAGCAGCUGGAAGACGCAUACAUGAACGUCGAGCAGAACACCAAAUUCCUAGUGGCAGCGACGGCAGCCAACGAGAGGAGUUCCGCCUCCCUUGUCAUCAUGCAAGUCGUUCUAGCUGGGGGGUUCGCCUUCGAUCUGCUGGACCGCAGCACGGGAGGGACUCUGAACAUCGACCCUCCUGACUGGGCCAUGUCCGUCAUUUACGUCACGCUCGUCGACCCCCCCGGCGUUUUUUCCUAG